GGCGCAAAACCAUGACAUCGCAUUAUUGCGCAAAUAAAAAGAGCUGGAAAUGUUGGUUCCCGGCCUCCAGUUGUUUAGCGUUGCGACGACAGUGUUGCGGGUGUUUUCGACCGUACCCCCUGUGAUUACCUCGAAAGCCGCGAUGUCGAACCCGGAGAAGCCCCAGGAAGCCGCCUCCAUCUACGAAUUCACCGCCAACGAUAUCAAAGGUGAACCCGUAUCGUUGGAAAAGUACAAAGGGCAUGUGUGCAUCAUCGUGAACGUCGCCUCCCAGUGCGGCUACACCAAGAACAACUACGCGGAGCUGGUGGACCUCUUCAACGAGUACGGCGAGUCCAAGGGCUUGAGGAUCUUGGCGUUCCCGUGCAAUCAGUUCGCCGGCCAGGAGCCGGGCACUAACGAGGAGAUUUGCCAGUUUGUUUCGAGCAAGAAUGUCAAGUUUGAUGUUUUCGAGAAAAUUAAUGUCAAUGGGAAUGACGCGCAUCCGUUGUGGAAGUACUUGAAGCACAAGCAAGGGGGAACGUUGGGCGAUUUCAUCAAGUGGAAUUUCACCAAGUUUAUUAUUGACAAGAAUGGGCAGCCGGUUGAGAGACAUGGACCCAGCACUAAUCCCAAAGACUUGGUCAAGUCACUAGAGAAGUACUGGUGAUUUGGCGUUAUUUCACUCCAAUUUUAUUGUUAUAUUAUUAUGGUUUGUUAUUUAUACUCAUGUACGCACAAUUUAUUUUAGUAAACCUUGAUUUAUAUAAUGUCUUCAUUCAAAAAAUCACAUAUUUUGUGACAGACGAUUAUAUUUAAGGGUCUAUUAUAAGACAAUGACUGUAAGGGAACCAAUAUAUCAUGUUUAAAUACACGAAGGUUUAUAUUGUUAACGUAAAAUAAAGUGUUUACUCCAA